AAAAUAGAGAUGAAGUGCAAUUAAUUAUUAUUAUUUUUAAGCAAGUUUUAACUUCAACUUCUAACAACUUUGAACACCUUGCUGAGUAUGUCGGUUAUGCAAGAAAUAACCAGAAAAGGGAUAAAUUUAGUAAAAUAACAACACCGUCAGUCUAAAUCACCGCCGUGGAAUCUACAAACAAUAAUCAGUUUCCACCAUGAAUCGAUUUUGAGUGCAUAAUCGAUUUCAAAAGCUGAUACCCAAACACCCGUACAUUAAUUCCCAAUGCCACCAAAACAUCACUGACAGUUAAUCCCUCCCGCCGGAAAAAAACCAAAUCACCCACUUUCCCGAUCUCAAUUCCCAAUUCUCAAAUCCCUUUCAUUUAACCCUAAUUUAGAUCUCAUUCCCCAAAAUCCCAAAAUGUCAUCAGGGUUUCUACACCAUAGACCACUCCACAACCCUUUUUCAAAUCAAUUUCUAAAUUCAGCUUCUUCUUCAACAAAUUCAAAGAAAUCCUUUUCAAUUUUCAGCCCUAUAAUCCUCUUUUCACUAUUAUCUCUCAUAAUUGUGUUUGGUGUUUUAUGCCCUUGGGUAGGAAUGCCUCAAAAACUGUUCUUUACUUCAAACCCUGAAAUUUCAAAAUGGGGUCAUUAUACAUUGGAUCAAGCACUUACCUUUGUGGCAAAAAAUGGAACUGUGAUUGUUUGUAUUGUUAGUCAACCUUAUUUGCCAUUUUUGAAUAACUGGUUGAUUAGUAUCAGUAUGCAGAAGCGUCAAGAUAUGGUUCUUGUUAUUGCUGAGGAUUAUCCUUCACUUUAUAAGGUUAAUGAACUUUGGCCUGGUCAUGCUGUUCUUAUUCCUCCUGUGCUUGAUGUUGAAGCUGCUCAUAAGUUUGGUUCUCAGGGUUUCUUCAACUUUACAGCCAGGAGACCAAGCCAUCUGCUGAAGAUUUUGGAGCUUGGAUACAAUGUAAUGUACAAUGAUGUAGACAUGGUUUGGUUAGCUGACCCAUUUCCUUAUCUGCAAGGGGACCAUGAUGUGUACUUUACAGAUGAUAUGACUGCAAUCAAACCAUUGAACCAUUCUCAUGAUUUACCACCACCGGGAAAAAAGGGGCGCCCUUAUAUAUGUAGUUGCAUGAUUUUUCUUCGCCCUACUGAUGGAGCAAAGGUAAUAUUGAAAAAGUGGCUUGAGGAGCUUCAAAAUGAACCAUGGUCUAGAACCAAGAAAUCUAAUGAUCAGCCUGCUUUUAACUGGGCUUUAAUGAGGAAUGCUAAAGAGGCCGAUUUGUACCUGCUUCCACAGAUCGCAUUCCCCACAGGCGGAUUAUAUUUCAAGAACAAGACAUGGGUUAAGGAAACUAAAGGAAAACAUGUUAUAAUUCAUAACAACUACAUAGUUGGUUUUGAGAAGAAGAUAAAGCGAUUUCGUGACUAUGGUCUCUGGUUAGUGGAUGACCAUAAACAAGAGUCACCUCUAGGUGGUUUAUGACGUGAUCCUUGUUACAAGUUUAUCAUUAGCUUAAUUUGGUCCCCCAAGCUUUAAAUUCAGAACAUGCUCUCUGCCAAAUUGUUCAUCCUUGCUUGCUUGGUGGUUAGUUUUGGAAGAUGUUUCCACUAUUGCUGUCAACACACAGAGUUGGGGAAGAAAAAUGUCUACUGUCUUCAAUUUUGUGAUGAAGAAAGGUGGUUAGAAAUUGGUACAUUUUAUUAAGGGCUAAAGAAGAAAAGGGUAGAUUUUAUUUGGUUCUAAGAGUUGUACCUAUGAUUAACAUUUAACAUGAUUUCUCUAGAAAAUGCUUCAAAUUGUUACCAAUCUAUUCAAUUAAAACAUUUAUGAAUGUUUUUCUUGUACAUGUAUGAAGUUUUCUUUUUUUUGUCAAAGUAGCACUAGACUCACACCUUAAGUGUGGAAAAGUUAAAAUUUUUUAGAUCCCUACAGCUACCAACUAAGUUGUAUUUACAGGAUUGAUAUAUGUAUGAAGUAUUUAUUUGUAACAAGUAUUUUUAUGAAAUAAAUUUCUAUAUGAAACAUUAAA